ACAACGUCUGACACCAACACCAUGUUUCGCACAGUAGCAUGCAGACUACUUACUCGCAAUACCUUGCCACGUAGCGCACGGGGUUCCUAUUUAUCUUGUGGUCCAUUUUCCCACCCAGUCAAGCCUGCCGUCUUUCCCCUUUUACAUAAUCGAAGUGGACGCAGCAUGUCGACUCAAACCUCAAAUUCACCAGAUAAGCGGUACACCACCUCAUUUGCCUUGUUCGAAGCCCUCUGGGAAGCCGGUAUAACAACCUGUUUCGUCAAUGUGGGAUCAGACCACCCUUCUAUUAUCGAGGCCAUCAUCAAAGGAAAGCGAGAGCGCCCAAAUGCAUGGCCACGGAUGAUCACGUGUCCCUCUGAAGUCACGGCAAUCUCUAUGGCAGACGGUUACGCAAGGGUGACUGGAAAACCGCAAGCCGUUGUUGUCCAUGUAGACGUGGGCACUCAAGCGCUGGGACAAGGCGUGCAUAAUGCAAGUGUUGGCCGUGCUCCUGUGUUCAUUUUUGCUGGAAUGUGUCCAUAUACAGAGUCGGGUGAGAUGAAGGGUUCACGGACGGAAUAUAUGCACUGGUUGCAGGAACCGCAUGAUCAAAAGGCUAUUGUGCGGCAGUAUUGCAGAUACACCGGUGAAGUUCGUACAGGACUCAACGUCAAGCAGUCUAUUGGCCGCGCUUUGCAAUUUGCCAUGAGCGCACCCAAGGGACCAGUAUACCUUACUGCCGCACGGGAGGUGCUAGCAGAAGAAGUGGAACCAUAUUCAUUAAAUCAAGAUGAAUGGAUUCCCAUCGGACCCGGCGCACUUCCUCAGAACGCAGUAUCCGAGAUAACAGCGAAACUUGUUGAAUCCAAGAAGCCACUAAUCAUCACAGGUUACUCCGGAAGAGACAGACGUACUCCAGAGCUUCUUGUGGAGCUCGCAGAUCUAAUCCCGGGCAUUCGUGUUCACGAUACCGGCGGUAGUGACGUGUGUUUUCCAUCCUCGCAUCCAGCGUCUGAAGGAUUCCGGCUCAGUUUCGACGACUGCACAAAGGAUGCAGAUACAAUUCUGCUUCUGGAUUGCGACGUCCCAUGGAUUCCAUCACGCAACCCCCCUCCCAGAACCGCAAAAAUCUACCAAAUUGACAUUGACCCACUGAACCAACAGAUUCCGGUAUCUUUCUUUCCAGCUCAUGGGCGAUGGAGGGCGGAUAGUUUCACCGCGCUCAGCCAGCUCGUGGACCACAUCAAGAACGAUCACGCGCUCACUUCGACUCUCAAAGACGAAAAAUAUACCACACGCGCCAGACUCCAAGCCCAAAAACAUCGUUCUCGUCUCGCAAAUAUCCAGUCUCAAGCUGGUCAGCUAUCGCCCACGGACUCGCUCAACCCAAAUAAUAUUGGCCACCUACUCCGAGAGACUCUCCCCUCUUCUACGGAUUUCGUCGUCGAAGCCGUAACGGCAUCGCAAACCCUUCACGAUCAGAUCCAACCCUCUCGUCCUGGCAGCUGGAUCAAUUGCGGCGGCACAGGCAUCGGGUGGAGCAAUGGUGCAGCCGUAGGCGUUAAAAUGGCUUUGAGCGACUCAAUCAAAGACGAGGGAUCUGACGAGAAACUCGUUUGUCACGUCGUCGGAGAUGGGAGUUUUAUGUGUGCGGCACCUUCCAGCGCGCUAUGGGUUGCUAGCAAAUAUAAUGUUCCAUUGCUCACUGUUGUGUUGAACAACGGCGGCUGGAAAGCUCCCCGUAACUCGACCCAACUCGUUUAUCCAGAUGGUCUGAAUCAAAAUGCUUCGGAUGAGGAGAUCAAUACUUCCUUCUCCCCGACCCCGAACUACGCCUUACUAGCCGAAGCAGCAGCAGGAGCGAAUCUCCCCUCCGACGUUGAUAAUGCUAGUGUCGAUGGGAAUUGGAUGAAAGGCGUGAGAGUCAGCACAGUCGAGCAAUUCCGGCAAGCGCUUCACGAUGCAACCGAAAGAGUGCUGCGGCAACGCAAAGGCAUGUUGAUAGAAGUUCUGAUGUGAAAGUUGCCUCAACAACCCUUCCCAAUAAUUUUCCUGUUUCGAAAGAUAUUAGGAAGGGGGUGUAUGUGUACAUGCGUUUAGCGCCUCCAACAAGUCACAAAGUUUCCUAAAUGCAGAUACUAAAACUGCCACAAAGACAUACAUUCAUACAAGGAAAAAAAAAGCCCCCUUCACUUUCCUCCUUUCCCAAAAAUCGAGAAUGUCUCACACGUAAGCACCAACCACCGCACCCCUCCACCGCUGACAAACCAAACUCCGGAAAAACACACUUAUUA